GGCAAACUUCUCAGAGCUGCAGGGCUGUGGUUAGCAAUUCCCCCAGUUACUUAGGUGAUCCUUGUGUAGAAGGUGUGGUUGGGUCUGUUUGUCUGCAGUCAGCUGGAGGCUUUCUCCCUCAGCACAGAGGCAACUUUUUUCAUAAAUAGAAAGAAGAAUGCUAUAUGAAAAUAAAGGAAAUUAAUGUAGUAACUUAUCUCAUAGCAGUUUGUCAUGAAACUCAUUCUUAAAGAAUGUUUCACUCAAAAAGAAAAUUAGAAAACCCACCUGGCAUUCGUUGUCAUCAAGUACAGGGAUCAACAUGUCGUUCAGUCAAAUGAGACCUCAGACAUCACAGUUGGUGGAGCUCCAUGUUUUUUAUGUCCCAGAAGAAGUGUGGAACUUCAAGCUGAAUACAGUUCCUGUAGCUCUUACUAGCAAGUUUAUCUCAGCUGGAUUUAUAAGGGUGUCUCCUCACGUCACAUUAAGAGCACUACGGGAGAAGCUUGGAGAAUAUCUGGGUGGAGUUGCAGUUGCAGAUAAAUUCAAAUUUUUAAAAUGCAUUGGGAAAAAACUAGCAGUGGUGAAAGCAAAGCAAGAAACAGAACUGACACUGGAGUUAUUUGCUCCUCCAUAUGCUGUUUAUCCUGAAUUGUAUUUGUUACCUGGAAUGGAAUACUUUGAAGAUGUUUAUCCGUUAUCAUCAUCUGUUACUCAAGAAAAACAUCACUUUAAUGCAGAAGCUAAUAGGUUUGCUCAUGGAUCAAGAUUAUCCACUCUUCCCCUGCAAAAACAUGAAAAGAGCAAGUUUUUAGAAAGCAUACAGAGUACUCAUCAGCUAGAAAAUCAGGUAGAACACAGUCCUGUGGGAUGGGAUGCGAAAGAACCCGUUCCAGUUUUGCCCACAGAACACAAGCAAGACCAUAACAACAGGAUCCAAGAAAAAACUGUACAGCUUAGAGAAAAAGAUCAAAAUGUAUUCACUGGAUCUUUCUUCACACCAAGUCAUUCAAAUCCUGCAGAUUGGGAGUCUGGGAAGAGUGAUAUGGUAUUACAGACCCCGCAGCAAAAUCAUCUCAGCCAGGAUCAAAAAAAGCAUAACACUGCCAAGGGGAAUGACAAAGCCAAAGGAACUGCUCUUACUCUUCACGUAAACCACAGUGAUGACGAAGGCCAGAAUAAUCAAGCACUCCAAAAUCACAUUAAAUAUCAAAAAGAACUAGCAAACAUGGACAAUAACGACCACCAAAAAGAUACCAAACGAAGAAGAGACAGAACACAGGAUGCUGGAAUUCUUAAAAUAAUGGAAGAGCAAACCACAGGAUAUGUACACAAAAAACAAAGCUUGCAGCAACACGGAACUAGCAAGUCUAUAGCUGAUCCUGGUGAAAAACUGGAUGAUCAGGCAGAUAAAAACAAGCAAAACCGUACUUGUCCAAAAGAAUAUAUUUCGCCUCCUAGUCCACCUUUUCUGGCACUUUCUGUAAAUCCAGCUCAAGUUCCUGCAACCCAGGUAGCAAAAAACAAGAUGGAAGAACAAUUGCAACAGAUGAAGACAGAGAGAAGGCACAUGGAAAAAAAUAGAGAAGAACUGAUCAAAAAAGCUAAGGGGCUGCUGGAACAAAAUAAGCUGAGGAGAUAUCACGUUCGCGAGGAAUGGAAAAAGAAGUACUUUGAAACUAAGAAAGUUACGGUUUCACUGGAGGACACUUUAGACAAGCUGCGACAAGAUUUAGAGCUUUACCACCAGAAAUUACUCUCGCAAUUGGAAGCCAGAGACAGUCGAAAACGACCAAACGAUAUGACAAACUCCAAGAAUUACACAAUCAUCCGGAUUACUACAGCGCGGCAUGAACUCGAUCAACUGAGGAGGAAGCUGGAUGAUACAAAAAUGAAACUCAUAAUAGAGAUUAAGAUGAGAAAGCAGGCAGCAUCUGAUUUAAGAGCACUGAGAGCAGAACUGACACAGAAGAAGAUUCGUUCAGCUUUAAUUCUCCAGUCCAGAAAAUCAGGAAUUUAACAUGACGUGAUGACAUGACUUUAAUAUCUGUGAAGUCUACAGAAGCUCUGUAAUGUGUAUAGAAACUCUUAGUUUCAGAGCAUUCAUUUGUAUGUUCUUGAAGUUGUCUUGUAAGAAGACAUCAACUAUAUCCAUGUUGUGGAAUUUGGAUACUAGGCUACUGAGAUACUGCAGCUCACUUUUUAAAUCUCGCUGUAAGAUUAGUCAGCUACUUAAACAUACAGUUUAACCUAGUAACGUGUCUAAAACAAAGCUAAGUUAUUUUAAAAGUGUAAAUUAGUGAAUUGUGUAACAUCACAUUGUUAUACCGAUGUUCUUUCAUUAACAAAAUACCUACUAAGCAAAUAAACCAAUAAUCUAUAA